UUUUGUUGACAAUUCAUGUGCUUUCUACCAGGCUAGUAAUAAAAUACAUUAUUGAGGCAGAUGUUGAGGCCACUCCCACACUCACACCAACUAUGUAGUGCAAUUAUACUGGUACAUACCAAUACAUGCCAAUACGAACAAUACCAAAAAACCAAUCACCCAAAUUAUAAAUGCUUGACAGUUGAGUGAGAGAGUUCGGCGAGGCUGAGUUGCUGCUCUCGAUGUCGAGCUUGUCGACAUGCUUCGCAAUUUGUGAAGCUUGGCAGGACUUGCGGAGCAAAGACGUCGAGGACGCUCGAGUCCUGCGAGUUCUUCACUUGUUGUUGUUGUUAUAGAGUUUUGACGAGGUGGGUGCUCCACGUCGAGAGGACGAGUUUGAGUUUUUUGGCCCACAAUGACGAACCGUGGUGAUCAGAAGUCAUUUGUUGUAAUGGUUGAGGAAGGUCAGCCAGGCAGAGGUGAAGGAGAACUAUCCAAAGGAGCUGUGUACAAGAGCAUCUAUUCUCAAGAUGGCCUGGAUGAUCUGCAUGAAGGAAUGCAAUCAACUUGGGAUAGUUUCGUUUCCAGUAAUGAAGACGUGUUCUGGACUUUUCCGUUCAAGUGGAUCCUGAUUAGUUGUCAUGGUAAAUCUAAAGAGAUAUACCCCGACAAGAAAAUGCUUGGACGUCGUGAAAUGGUCAAUGGUUCGGCUGGAGACUACGUGUGGCUUACCUACGAGGAGGUUUACAACAUUGUGAUAAAUUUGGGUGCCGCUAUUCGCUAUGUCGGUGUGCAGCCGAAAAGCAAAGUAGGAAUUUAUGGCGCAAAUUGCAGUGAAUGGUUUAUGGCCAUGGAGGCAUGUAACGCUCAGAGCAUGCUCUGUGUCCCUCUCUAUGAGACUUUGGGAAAUGAGGCUGUGGAAUACAUCAUCAACCACGCGGAAGUUUCAAUUGCUUUUGUGCAGGAUACGAAGCUUGAUUUAAUUCUCGCUACUCUUCCUAAGUGCACGAAAUUAUUGAAAAAAAUUGUGAGCUUUUCAACAUGCUCCGCUGCACAGAGGAGCAAAGCUGAGGCCUCAGGAGCAGCUCUUCUGUCGUGGGAUGAAUUUUUGAAGCUAGGAAAGAAUAACCCAACAGACUUAACACCUCCAACAACAUCAGAUAUUUCCACAAUUAUGUACACUAGUGGCACAACUGGUGAACCCAAGGGAGUACUCUUAAGCCAUGCGAACAUUUUGUGCGCCAUCAUCGGUUAUGAUCACUUCCUUCGAGAGAGGGGUCAGCAGCAAACCGAAAAGGAUGUAUACUAUUCCUUUCUUCCUCUGGCUCAUAUUUUUGAUCGUCUUACUGAAGAGUUAUUUGUUUUUCUUGGAGCUUCAAUUGGCUACUGGCAAGGGGAUGUCAAGAAGAUCACGGAAGAUCUAGCUGUGCUGAAGCCAACACUAUUCGUCGCAGUUCCUCGCGUCUAUAAUCGGAUUCAUGCUGGAAUAUUUGGAAGGAUUAAUGCUGGCGGUGGAGCCAAGAGGAUGAUGUUCCAUUACGCUUUCGAUAUGAAGCUAAAGUCUCUUUACAAUGGUUUUAAGCAUGAUAAAGCUGCCCCAAUAUUGGACAAGAUCAUAUUUAACAAGGUCAAAAUGGCAUUUGGAGGAAAUGUCAAGUGCGUUAUAUCUGGGGCUGCACCACUUCCUUCUCACUUGGAGGAGUUUUUGCGGGUUGUCACUUGUGCCCCAGUUGUUCAGGGCUACGUACUGAACACGAGACAGAUUGCUAAACCUCCGGAUAUACACGAUGAAUCGCAACGGAUCAUGUUUGUUCAAUCCUCAGGGUUGACAGAGUCGUGCGCGGCAACCUUCAUUCAAGUGCCAGACGUUAUCAGCAUGCAUGGAACUGUGGGACCUCCCCUCCCCAAUAUCGAGGUUCGACUAGUGUCGGUACCUGAGAUGGGUUAUGAUGCUCUUGGCAAACCUGCAAGGGGAGAGAUUUGCAUCAGGAGCAAGACACUGUUCUCUGGCUACUACAAACGGCCAGACCUCACCGACGAAGUCCUUGUCGAUGGCUGGUUCUCUACUGGUGAUGUUGGAGAAUGGCAAGAGGAUGGUGCCAUGAAGAUUAUCGACAGGAAGAAAAACAUUUUUAAAUUGUCACAAGGAGAAUACGUUGCAGUCGAGAACCUUGAAAGCAUUUAUGGUCAAUGUGAACUUGUGGAUCAGAUCUGGGUCUACGGAAACAGCUUGGAGUCGACACUGGUGGCUGUUUGCGUUCCCAAUCAACCAAAAGUUGAGGAGUGGGCAAAAAACAAUGGUUUGAUGGGAGACUUUGCUCGAAUCUGUCGAGAUCCAAAAACUCAUGCACACAUUAUGGCAGCAUUGAAUGCGACCGGAAAGGCAAAGAAGGUUAAGGGCUUUGAGGUCAUCCGAGGCGUGGUUCUAGAGCCCCUGCCAUUUGACAUGGAGCGUGAUCUGGUCACCCCAACCUUCAAGCUCAAGAGAUCGCAGUUGCUACAGUACUACAAGACUCAAAUCGAUGAGCUCUACGCAACCCAGAAGCAGCAAUGAGAAGCUGUCGAGAGGUGACACGGACCCACCGAGUGUUUCUCAAUCCACUUCGUUAUUUCGCGAAUAGGAGAAGACAAAGCAGAUGCUUCACGGCACAUCACGGCUUCUGAGAUCAAAUGCCUGGCAGUCGAAGCGCACGGUUUUGCUAGUAAACUUUUCCUAGUUACACCUCUCCUCGGUCUGUCUGUCACAAUGCCGAGUAAUUCCCUUGUGUGUAAAUACCAAUUAUGAGUUCAUGUCCUGUUUCCGACCCCGCUUUCAAUUCGUGACUUUUGCGUCAACCUGCAGGCUGCAAGCUGAUUGUUCAUGCGGGAUUUGACAAUGCAAUGCAAUGCUUCUUUUUUACUGCA